AUGGCCUUUUCAUUCCCCAAAUUCCUACUAUGGUUCUGGACACACAGGAAAUCCGUCUCCCUCCCCAUAAUCACCAAGUUCUUCAAAUCCCUUCGUGAGGAACUCAAUUCCACACCUGGUGGUGGUGGUGGGAAACUCGGUGUGAUCGGAUUCUGCUGGGGUGGCAGGCAUGCCAUACUGAUGAAUCCCUACGUGGAUGCUAUAUACUCCGCCCAUCCCAGCUUUUUAAAGGUACCUGCCGAAGUUGAGGCGGUAACGAAACCCAUCUCGUUCGCCGUGGGCGAUAAAGAUAUCGUUUUACCCAUGAAGCAGGUGGAGAGGAUUAAGGGGAUUUUGAAGAAGAAGGAGGGGUUGGAUUCUGAGGUGGUUGUCUAUGAGGGCAUGGAGCAUUCGUUUGCCGUUCGAGGAAACCCUGCAAUCGAAGCUACAAAGAAAGGACUGGAAGGAAGUGAAACACAGGCAGUAGAAUGGUUCAUUAAACAUCUGGCUUAA